AUGAGUGAUGGCAUCCCACUCGUGCAAUCUUCACGACACAUAUACUACCCGUUCUACGACGAUAACGUCUCGUCUUCGGCAACAGCUACUUCACGGGCUGUAUCACGAGUGCUAUCCCAGGGAUUGACGCCGAUGAACAUUGAAGCGAUACGAGCUCGCAAGCGCGCGGGGGGGAGCGGUCGAGAGGUCUCCGUGCGCAAGCAAGUUGGGGAUGCGGUUAGCUUGGUUAAUGAGGAGAGAGGUCGCUGA